AUGACAGAACAGCUCUCCCUUGAGGUGAACCUGCAGUCUGACACAUGGCAGCAGCAGCAGCAGCACAGCAUCGACCAGCUGUCAGAGUCUUUCACUACAAUGCACGAGAGGAUCACAAACUUCCAGCAGGUGAUGGAGACCGAGGACGCACAGCCUGAAACAGAUCUGCUGGUGGAGGAGAGGCUCUUUGCCCUGGAGGAGGCUCAGAAACAGGCCCAGGAGAAAGCCGAGGUCGCCCUGACCACAUCAGAGGAGCUGAAGAACUCUGACCUCCUCUCACAACUCUGGGCCCUCCACGCUGAGCUGAACACCCGAUGGGAUGAAAUAAAGCAGGCUGCCCUGUCCGUCACAACCCUCCAGGGCAUGUACAAGAACCAUAGCGAGGAGUUCGAGGUCAUAAAGAAGCGAGUAGCGUCUGCUUUGAGCUUCGGCUCAGCGCUGUCUGAAACUGUGGCGGGACUGACUAGCGCAUGCUCUAGAAUUGCUGAGCAAGUUACAUUAGGGGAGGAUCUAAAUGCACAAUUCGAAGGACAAGCCUCUGAGCUGAAUGACCUGAGAGAGCUACUGAACCUUCAUAAUGCUGCACUUCACACAAACAACCAGGAGAUGGCUGCAAUAAAGGAGCUUGUAAAGGCUAAGCAGGCCAUGCGUGCCCAGACAUUAGAGGAGACACUCAGUUUAGUCCGGAUGACUCUGGAUGAGCAGUUUUUCACUUCACAGACUCUCCACGGCAGGAUCAUGGCUCAGCUGCACACGUUUCACUCCCAGCUGGCAAAUGGACCAUCUUUGCCAAUUACCCACAAGUCAACAGAGGAAGGCCGUCUGAUUGAGAAGUUAGUCUCCAGAACAGCACAGAAUGACGCCGAGCUGCAGGAAAAGAUGGAAGAUGCUGAAGAUGACACAGAAGAGCAAGCAGAGGAGGACGUGAUGCAGGAAGAACAGCCAUCAGAACACAGAGAGGAUGGGGAUGUCACAGAAGAACAAGAGGAAGAUGAAAUCGCACCAGAAGAGCGAGUAGAGGAGGAAAUUACAGGACAGAGUGAAGAGGCGAAGGAUGCUGGCGAGACAGCAGAAGAUGAGACGGCAGAAGAGAACACGGCAGGUUACGUGUUGGAGGAGUCUUUGGAAGAGGAGGUUUCCAAAGAUGAGGAAGAGCCCCCUGAAUUAAUUGGUGAUAUCUUCGUGGACACACAUGAGGAGGAUGACUAG